CAUUUCCUGUGUUCGCGGGUCGGCGGAAGAUGGCGGCCGCCCAAGGGGUCUGGUCCCUGUGCAGCUUUUUGAGGUUUUUUUAUUCAUUAUUCUUCCCUGGGCUAAUUGUAUGUGGAACUUUAUGUGUAUGUUUGGUCAUUAUCCUUUGGGGAAUCAGACUGCUGCUACAGAGAAAGAAAAAAUUAGUGUCAACUAGCAAAACUGGGAAAAAUCAAAUGGUGAUUGCAUUUUUUCAUCCAUACUGCAAUGCUGGUGGAGGAGGAGAAAGAGUGUUAUGGUGUGCUUUAAGAGCCCUGCAGAAAAAGUAUCCUGAAGCAGUUUAUGUUGUUUAUACCGGCGAUGUUAAUGUCAGCGGUCAACAGAUACUAGAAGGUGCUUUCAGAAGAUUUAACAUCAGAUUAAUUCUCCCAGUCCAGUUUGUUUUUUUAAGGAAACGCUAUCUUGUGGAAGAUUCACUCUAUCCUCACUUCACACUGCUGGGCCAAAGCCUAGGAUCUGUUUUUCUCGGCUGGGAAGCUCUAAUGCAAUGUGUUCCUGAUGUUUACAUUGAUUCAAUGGGAUACGCUUUUACACUUCCUCUGUUUAAGUAUAUAGGGGGUUGCCAAGUUGGAAGCUAUGUUCAUUAUCCUAUUAUCAGCACCGACAUGCUCUCUAUAGUGAAGAAUCAAAAUGUUGGACUUAAUAAUGCUGCCUUCAUUACCAGGAAUCCUUUUCUCAGCAAAGUAAAGCUCAUCUACUACUAUUUAUUUGCUUUUAUUUACGGACUUGUUGGUUCUUGCAGUGAUGUAGUCAUGGUCAAUUCUUCUUGGACACUAAACCAUAUUCUCUCACUGUGGAAAGUUGGGAAUUGCACUAACAUUGUUUAUCCACCUUGCGAUGUGCAGACAUUUCUGGACAUUCCCUUACAUGAGAAAAAGACAACCCCAGGACAUGUGCUGGUUUCUGUUGGCCAGUUCAGGCCAGAAAAGAAUCAUCCAUUGCAGAUCAAAGCCUUUGCUAAAUUGCUGAAUAAGAAGAUGGUUGAAUCAUCUCCUCUUAAACUUGUCCUUAUUGGAGGUUGUCGUAACAAAGAUGAUGAACUUAGGGUAAACCAACUGAGAAGGCUGUCUGAGGAUUUAGGAGUUCAAGAAUAUGUGGAAUUUAAAAUAAACAUUCCAUUUGAUGAAUUAAAGAAUUAUUUGUCGGAAGCAACAAUUGGUCUGCAUACCAUGUGGAACGAGCAUUUUGGGAUUGGAGUUGUGGAGUGUAUGGCAGCUGGCACAAUUAUCCUUGCACACAAUUCAGGGGGCCCGAAGCUUGACAUUGUUGUUCCUCACGAAGGAGAUAUAACUGGCUUUCUGGCUGAGAGUGAAGAAGGCUAUGCUGAAACUAUGGCUCACAUUCUUUCCAUGUCUGCAGAAAAGAGACUUCAAAUCAGAAAAAGUGCCCGUGCAUCUGUAAGCAGAUUCUCUGAUCAGGAAUUUGAAGUGGCAUUUCUAUCAUCUGUAGAAAAGUUAUUUUAGUAAUGCCAUAUCUGUAAAAUUAAAGAUAUUUUAUAUAAAAUGGUUAAAAACCUUCAUAUGUAAAUAUUUUUCUAAAUUCAAUCUCAUUUGUCAAAUCACUUUACUUUAGAAAACAGGAAAGAAAAUUUCCUUUUAGAAUAAAAGGAAGUGUUGAAAGGAAAAUAGAUGACCAGACUUCGGCUUUCAUUCUUGGCCCACAUGAGAGAAGGUGGCUGCUGAAAUGAAUGCGAACCAGGUUGUGGAGAGCCUUCUGGCUUUGAGCCAACAGGAAGAACUGGUGGAUUUGCCAAAAGACCACCCCUUGAGUGAGAGUGAAGAUGAGGGGGACAGUGAUGGAGAGAGAAAGCAUCAAAAACUUCUGGAAGCAAUCCGUUCCCUUAAUGGAAAGAAUAGGCAGAAAUUGACUGAGAGGUCUGAGGCUGGUCUGAAGGUGUUAGAGUUCAAUGUCAGUUCUGAAGGAUCAGGAGAAAAGCUGGUCCUUGCAGAUCUGCUUGAGCCUGUUAAAACUUCAUCUUCUUUGGCCACUGUGAAAAAGCAACUGAAUAGAGUCAAAUCAAAGAAGGUAGUGGAGUUACCUCUUAACAAAGAAAAGAUUGAACAGAUCCACAGAGAAGUAGCAUUCAGUAAAACCUCACAAAUCCUCUCCAAAUGGGACCCUGUCAUCCUGAAGAACCGGCAGGCAGAGCAACUGGCUUUCCCCCUAGGGAAGGAGCAGCCAGCCAUUGCCCCCAUUGAACAUGUGCUCAGUGGCUGGAAGGCAAGAACUCCCCUGGAGCAGGAAAUUUUUACCCUCCUCCAUAAGAACAAGCAGCCAGUGACAGACCCUUUACUGACUCCCAUGGAAAAGGCCUGUCUCCAAGCCAUGAACCUGGAAGAGGCAAAGAUGCACCGAGCAGAGCUUCAGAGGGCCCGGGCUCGGCAGUCCUACUAUGAGGCCAAGGCUCAAAGAGAGAAGAAAAUCAAAAAUAAAAAGUAUCACAAAGUUGUAAAGAAAGGAAAGGCCAAGAAAGCCUUAAAAGACUUUGAGCAGCUGCAGAAGGUUAAUCCGACUGCAGCAUUGGAAGAACUGGAAAAAAUUGAAAAUGCCAGAAUGAUAGAAAGAAUGAGCCUUAAGCACCAAUCCAGUGGGAGAUGGGCCAAGUCAAAGGCAAUUAUGGCCAAAUAUGACCUGGAGGCUCGCCAAGCUAUGCAGGAACAGUUGACCAAGAACAAAGAACUGACAGAGAAACUCCAGGUAGCCUUUGAGAGUGAAGAAGAGGAGGGAGGCGCAAAAGUAGAAGAACUCUUUGUUCCUGAGGUAGUGAAUGAAGUGCAGAAGAAUGUGGAUGGGCUGAAUCCCUGGAUGCUCAGGAGCUACACCAGUGACACCAAAGAGGUUGCAACCCAGGAGAACCCUGAGCAACUGCCAGAGCCUGCAGCCCAUGAGGUUUCUGGAAGUGAGAGAGAAGAAAGACCAGCGGCAGAGGAAGAAAUUUUGUUGAGAGGAUUUGAGGAAAGGAGAUCCCUUAGAAAAAGUUCUGAGCUUAACCAAGAUGCUGAGCCAGCAGGCAGUCAAAAAACAAAAGAUUCUAGCAGCCAGGAGGUGCUGUCUGAAUUGAGGGCACUAACUCAGAAACUGAAGAAAAACCAUCAGUCCAGGAAGCAAAAGGCAAGUUCAGAGGGGACUGUUCCCCAGGUCCAGAGAGAGGAAGCUGCCCCAGAAGAAGAGGAGUCCCUGUUGCCAGAGAGGCCAGAGAGAGUACAGACUCUGGAAGAGCUGGGAAAAGAAGAUUGUUUUCAAAAUAAGGGGCUUCCCAGACCUGUGUUAGAAGGGCAGCAGUCAGAGAGGACCCCAAAUAAUUGGCCUGAUGCCCCUAAGGAGAAGAAGAAGGAGCAAAUGAUCGACCUACAGAACCUCCUCACCACACAGUCUCCUUCCAUGAGGUCUUUGGCAGUUCCCACAACAAUAGAGGAGCUGGAAGAUGAAGAGGAGAGAGACCAAAGGCAGAUGAUAAAGGAAGCUUUUGCUGGGGAUGAUGUCAUCAGAGAUUUCUUGAAAGAGAAGGAAGCCGUAGAGGCGAGUAAGCCAAAAGACAUGGACCUGAUACUACCUGGCUGGGGUGAGUGGGGUGGUGUGGGCCUAAAGCCCAGUGCCAAGAAAAGACGCCGGUUUCUCAUUAAAGCCCCAGAGGGUCCUCCAAGAAAAGAUAAGAAUUUGCCAAAUGUGAUUAUCAAUGAGAAGCGCAACAUCCAUGCAGCGGCUCAUCAGGUACGAGUGCUUCCAUAUCCAUUUAUCCACCAUCAGCAAUUUGAAAGGACCAUCCAGACCCCCAUAGGAUCCACAUGGAACACUCAGAGGGCUUUUCAAAAGCUGACUACUCUCAAGGUCCUUACCAAGCCCGGCCAUAUCAUUAAGCCCAUAAAAGCAGAGGAUGUGGGCUACCAGUCUUCCACAAGAUCAGACCUGUCUGUCAUACAGAGGAAUCCAAAACAAAUCACCACACAUCACAAAAAACAGCUGAAGGAAAACUCUGUAGAUUGAGUAGCUGGAGGAGUGACAGCCUGGAGCCUCGAAUCCACUUCCUUUGGUCCAGUUUUACUCUGCUACAGGGUGGAUUCCAAAACUGGUUCAGCACAUUGCAUGUAGUUCAGCCACAUUUAAAAAAAAAAAAAAGAAAAUGGAUGACCGUUAGUUAACUAGUACUUUAGAAUUUAUCAGACAUUUUUAGAACAGAAAAAUUUGGUACAUUUAAAUUCUAAACAAUACAGUGGAUGACCCUUUUGAAUAUACCUAGUGAUUUCCUUAAAAAAGAAAUUUUAAACAAACUUGUUUGGUCAUCUUCACAAAGCAUACAGGCCAGAGGUGAGACUGACUGAUGCUUUAUAGGUGUGUGUAGGUAGGACAGUAGAGGCCAACGUGCUGCCAGCAGUCCUUUCCAUACUAGGUACUGGUGAAAAUUGUUUUUGUUUAGUGCUGUCAGCACAUUUGUGUGGGUCUCAUUAUCCCUUAACAACACUGAAUGACAGCCUGGAAGUCAGCUUUAAGUCAUUCAAGAGAACUUGAGGUUGUUUUUCUGACAGUGAUUAUGUGAUAUACAGAUACAUCCACAGAGUGUCUUACCAGCAUAAUGCAUUGUAAGAGCAAAGUAGCAUUUUGAAAGAGGACUGGGCAAGGAGUUAGCAUAUCUGGGCCUACCUUCAGCUUCAUCAUUCACAAGCUUCUGACCUUUUGAUACUAAAGCGGCUCCUUUACCUUUCUGAGUCUGAUGUUUCAUCUGUAAUCUGGAGUUGUUAAUUCCAGUCCCUACUACCUUUUAGAGUUGGAAUCAGAUGGAAAGUUGGUGAAACUACUUUGAAAAUUGAGUUACUUUAAUUAAAGGUAGCAUUACAUAGUAAAUGUCUUCUAUAAUCCUAUGUUUAUUAAUGCAUUACAACUGAAUGUAGAUUCUUAAUUACUAGGCCAGUAGCUAGGAAUUGGUAUAAAUUUAAUGCAACUUCUAUCCUGAAAAACUAGCAUGGAAAAGUGAAUACAUAUGUGGGCAGACAUGGCUAUAAAGACCUAAAACUUUUGCAUUUUCUGCCUAUAUAAUCAAUCCUUUCUAGUACAGCGAAUUGACCCCCUCCGUAGCCUGAUUCAUCUUUGCGCUAAGGGGCAAAUGAAAGGGUAUAUUAUUCCUUUGCAGUCUCUUCUCAGUCAUUCACCAAUCUGGCCAGCUUAUCUACUCCCAAUUAGGUUGUUGAUCUAUCUGCAGGCCAUCUGUCAUCAGAUCAAAAAGUAGCACAACAGAGGGUCAGUCACAGGAUGUUCUGACACACCAUUGUAACUUUGUGUUAGAGAUGAUCCCAUUUAGAAAAAGACUGGUAGAAAUUGGAGUGAAAGGAACCCUAUAGAUUUUCUAGCCCAGUUCUCUCUUAUUUUCAGCUUUACAGACAAGAAUAAUUUAGAUCUAAAUAAUUUGGCAGACUCCUUCAGUGUCACAAAGCUGUUUAAUGAAAGAAUCAAAAGUAUAACCUGGAUAUUCUGACUCCUGGCCCAGUGCUUUUUCUGACUUUGUAGCCACAUUUUGAAGUAGGAUUCAUACUCAGCCUACUUAUCUACACAGAGAAAAUAUGGGACCAUAGAUAAAUAAAUUGAAAUGCCCAGAG